AUGAAUAGAACUAAAGAGCUCUAUAAGAUUCAUGAAAAUUUUACCAAAGAAAUGAAGCUUAAACUUAUAAAGAAGAAUAAUGAAAUUGAGCAUAAUGAUUCAAAAAAAUUUGCCUAUACUAUAAGCAAUUCUAUGAGUUUAGCUGAAUUAGAUAAUUCAGAAGAUGAUUCAAAAGAUAAUAAUUCAGAUAAUGAUGAUUCAAAAUAA